AUGAAGUUUGUUACCGACGACGGAUCCAUAGGGACCAUAAGGGGAGACCUCGAGACGGCGGUCGCUUGUGACAACGCCAGCCUCUCCCUUAGAAAGAAGUCCAAGGAAGCAUCCGGUGUGUUCCUAGCCGACCUUGAUGCCAGAGUGGACGACAAGCCGAGGCCAGAACCAGAAGGAGAUCUGGAGAAGUUUAGGAUUGGUGACGAAGUGGAAAAGUUCACAUUCGUGAACAAGAACCUCCCACAUGAGUUGAAGGAGCCCUUGAUCGAAAUGAUAAGAGCCAACAGUGACUUGUUCGCCUGGACUCCAGCCGACAUGCCGGGCAUAGACCCAAAAAUCAUCUCACAUCAUCUAGCCGUCAAGACGGAAGCACGCCCGGUGGCCCAACGGAGGAGAAAGAUGUCGGCAGAAAGAGCAGAGGAGGUGGCCAGGCAGACGGCCAGCCUCCUAGAAGCAGGCUUCAUACGGGAAGUGGACUACUCGACAUGGCUCUCGAAUGUGGUAUUGGUGAGAAAACACAACGGCAAGUGGAGAAUGAUAUUCCACGACCUCAUAAGGAAAACAGUCGAAGUCUACGUGGACGACAUCCUGGCAAAAAUAACACGACCUGACGACCUCUUGAACGACCUGGCAAGGGUAUUCGCGUCCCUCCGUCAACACGGUAUGCGGUUGAAUCCUCUCAAGUGCGCCUUCGCCAUGGAAGCUGGCAAGUUCCUGGGAUUCAUGAUAACUCAAAGAGGGGUAGAAGCCAACCCGGAGAAAUGCCAAGCAAUACUCCAGAUGAAGAGCCCGGGUUGUAUCAAGAACGUCCAAAGGUUGGCAGGGCGGUUGACCUCAUUAUCCCGAUUCCUCGGAGCUUCGGCAACAAAGGCCCUGCCAUUCUUUAACCUCAUGAAGAAAGGGAUGGCGUUCGAGUGGACGCCCGCAUGUGAAGAGGCCUUUCGGCACUUCAAGGAAAUCCUGGCGGCGCCGCCCGUCCUCGGGAAGCCAAAGGACGGGGAACCGCUAUACCUAUACCUCGCCAUAACGGGUGAAGCCCUAGCCGCAGUCCUGGUACGGGAGGACGGAAAAACUCAACAACCAAUCUAUUUCAUAAGCCGGGCCUUGCAAGGGGCAGAAUUAAGGUAUAGCAAGUUAGAAAAGCUAGCCCUAGCACUUCUAACCUCCUCACGAAGGUUAAAGCAGUACUUCCAGAGUCACCAAGUUGUCGUCAGAACGGACCAAGGGAUCCGGCAAGUACUCCAAAAACCCGAUCUGGCGGGAAGAAUGAUGACUUGGUCCAUCGAACUCUCCCAGUAUGACAUACGAUACGAACCCCGGCAAGCCAUCAAGGCGCAGGCGAUGGCGGAUUUCCUAGUAGAAGUAACGGGGGAUGCAAGCGAAGAAGGGGGCACACGGUGGAAGCUCCAUGUAGACGGAGCCUCCAACCAGACUUUCGGAGGUGCCGGGAUCAUCCUGGAAAGCCCGAUUGGGGUUGUAUACGAACAGUCGGUCAGAUUCGAGUUUCCCAUCUCGAACAACCAGGCAGAAUAUGAAGCCCUUAUAGGAGGCCUAACCCUAGCAGCAGAAGUCGGCGCAAGAAGACUAGAAAUAUGCAGCGAUUCCCAAGUCGUCACCUCCCAAGUAAACGGUAGCUACCAAGCUAAAGACCCUUUGCUACAGAAGUACUUGGAAAAGGUCAAAAGCUUGAGCCAAAAGUUCGAAGAGGUCACGGUCCACCACGUACCUAGAGAAAGGAACACACGGGCAGACCUCUUAUCAAAGUUAGCCAGCACGAAGCCGGGAGAGGGGAACCGGUCUCUCAUCCAAGGCAUGAUGAGAGAACCAGCAAUCACACUGCACGUGACAAGCCUAGGUUCUUCAUGGCUAGACCCCAUCACCGACUUCCUGGAACACGGCAAACUCCCUAGUGAUCAAAAGGAUGCGGCGAAAUUGAGAAAGGAAGCGGCCAAAUACGCCGUCAUCCAAGGACAGCUGUUCAGGAAAGGGCUCAACCAACCCCUACUGAAGUGCCUACACCCCGACCAGACGGACUACGUCCUCAGGGAAGUCCAUGAGGGCUGCUGUGGGCACCAUAUCGGAGGCAAGGCCCUAGCGAGGAAACUAAUCCGAGCCGGAUACUAUUGGCCGUCGAUGAUGGCGGACUCCAAAGAGUUUGUCAAAAAAUGCGUGAUAACGCGAUUCGGGAUACCGGAAGUCAUCAUCUCGGACAAUGGCACGCAAUUUACUGACAAAAAGUUCACGGAAUUUCUCAAUGGCCUGGGUAUAAGGCAAAGGUUCUCUUCGGUAGAACACCCUCGGACGAACGGACAAGUGGAGUCCGCCAACAAGGUUAUCCUUUCAGGUCUGAAAAAGAGGUUGGACAAUAAAAAGGGUGCUUGGGCCGACGAACUAGCAGCGGUUCUCUGGUCCUACCGAACAACUGAACAAUCCUCCACUAGGGAAACUCCCUUCCGACUAACGUACGGGGUGGACGCAGUAAUACCCGUGGAGAUCAGUGAACCGAGCCCGCGGUUACUUUUGAAAGGAGUGGAGGAAACCGUAGAAAAAGACCUGAUAGAUGAAGCCAGGGAAAUGGCCCAUUUGACAGAAACAGCGCUAAAACAAAGAAUGGCUCUGCGCUACAACACCAAAGUGCUUAAAAGGGGAUUCGAGCCGAACGACCUCGUCCUGAGGCGAAACGAUAUUGGCCUACCGACCCCCGGAGAAGGCAAGCUGGCGGCGAAUUGGGAAGGCCCCUACAGAGUCAAAAAAGUGAUGGGAAAAGGAGCCUUCAAGUUAGAAAGGCUUGACGGCAAAGAAGUCCCGAGAACAUGGAACGCGGACAACCUAAGAAGAUUCUACUCCUAG